GUGGCCACCUGCCACCUUCUGCUCGACUGACAGUUACUGAGACGAACUGUUGGGCCUGGACUAUACAGGAGGAAUUAUAUCUUCCGUCAAGCUUUUUGUCCCGGAGAAAUUUUGCCAGAAUCAGUAAAGAUGAUGUGGAUAUGACACCAACCAAACCGUGACAAUGUAUGAGGUGAUGUCUGGUGACACCCUGUCUUGGAAGUCCAAUCCAAGACCAAGUGGCACAGAGUCCAGCACUGAAGCGCACAACUCUGCGGAGGAAAAGCCAGGCAAAAUUCUUAAAGUAUGCUUUUGCACCAACAACAACUUUGGAAAGAACUUCACCCUGGUCAAAUGUGACAGUGCCUGGCAAAUCAGGGCCAUCAUUCGUUCAAUUCUGGUCAGCGGUCGACUGGGGCCAAAUGUUAAGCUGGCAGGAUGCUACAGUCUAAUGCUCAAGCAUUUAAAAUCGGAGGAACUUCACUGGCUCCAUCCAGAUCUGACUGUUGGUGAGGUGGAGAUGCUCUACGAGAGUCAUCAUGUGGAAGCUGAGUGGAGGUAUGACCUUCGGAUCCGAUAUGUUCCUGUUAACUUCAUAGAAAAAUUCAAAGAUGACAGACCCACAUUUUUGUAUUUUUACCAACAGGUGCGUAGUGAUUACAUGCAGUAUCAUGCAAGUAAAGUCAGUGAUGGGAUGGCGCUGCAGCUUGGCUGUUUGGAGAUCAGGAGAUUUUAUAAAGACAUGAAUUCAAAAGGUCUUGAGAAGAAAUCUAACUUUGAGCUCCUAGAAAAAGAGGUGGGCCUGGACCUUUUCUUUCCUCAACAGGUGAUUAACAGCAUGAAGUCUAGGCCGCUGCGGAAGUUGAUCCAGCAAACAUUUCAACAGUAUGCAACGCUCCAGGAGGAUGAAUGCAUGAUUAAGUUUUUAGAGACCCUCAAGGAGUUUAUCAGAUAUGAUGAAGAGGCCUUCCCAUGUGAACUAGUGCAAGGUUGGAGUUUAUCAGUGGAGUUGGUGAUUGGUGGGAGGGGCAUUCGUCAGCGCACGCAGAAGGAUGCAGCAGCAGUUUUUCUAGCCGACUUCAAACAGAUAAAAAAAGUACAGUGCUCACAGCAAAGUGACAACAAGGUGCUACUAAACCUUGGAAUCGAGGGCGCCAGGCAGCGGCUAUCGAUCAGUGUGGCCACGAUGGCUAUGGCGGAAAACAUGAUGGAUCUCAUUGAUGGUUACUGCCGCCUUGAAAAUGACACAGAGGACAGUGUUAUCUACCGACCAAAUAAAGAUGCCAAGAAUGCACGGAGUUCCCUGCCUGAUAUCCCCACAGGCAGAGAGCCCAGCACCAGCAGACACAGCAUGGGCUCUGAUAUCUACUGUGAGAUUGUCGACGAGAGGCCCAAAUCAGUUGUGAAGUUUGGGAUCGAUCGAAACGACGUUGUUCUGGGACGAAUUCUUGGUGAAGGGUUUUUUGGGGCAGUCUACGAUGGAGUGUACAAGAAAGCUAAUGGCAUCAGGGUUAAUGUAGCAGUUAAGACCUGCAAGGACUGUUCACCAGAUGUGAUGGAGAAAUUCAUGAGUGAAGCAGUGAUUAUGAAGAACCUCGACCAUCCACACAUUGUAAAGCUCAUCGGAGUCAUCGAGGAAGAUCCUGUGUGGAUUGUCAUGGAGCUUUAUCAGUAUGGAGAGCUUGGACACUACCUGACCGAGAACCAAAACAAACUGACAAACACAACCCUGGUGCUGUUCAGCCUGCAGAUUUGUAAAGCCCUUGUCUACCUAGAAGGGCUCAACAUGGUGCACAGAGACAUUGCAGUUCGGAACGUGUUAGUUGCCAGUGCAGACUGCGUGAAGCUUGGAGACUUUGGUCUGUCGAGAUACAUAGAGGAUGAAGAAUACUACAAAGCAUCUAUAUCUCGAUUACCAAUCAAGUGGAUGGCCCCAGAAUCCAUCAACUUCAGACGUUUCACCACAGCCAGCGAUGUCUGGAUGUUUGCUGUGUGUGUGUGGGAGGUCAUGAGUCGAGGCCAGCAGCCAUUUUUCUGGCUGGAGAACAGAGAUGUGAUCAACCAGCUUGAGCAGGGAAUCAGACUGCCCAAACCAGACAACUGCCCUCCUGCCCUCUACUCACUCAUGACCCGCUGCUGGUCCUACGAUCCCCGAGAAAGACCCAGUUUCACUGAGCUUGUGCUCAAGAUCAGCGAAGUCCAGAAGAUGGAGAAAGAGCAGGAUGUAGAGAGAGAAAGAGACAGAGCACGAACCACCAAAAUUUUUGAACCCAAGUUCAAUCUUACACAACCUCCUCCCAAGCCUUCAAGAGUUCAGCCAGGACGGUUUGGGAACACACUCAGUAUCGGUUUACACAUUCAGCUGAAUGAAGCUCUGUGUGCCAGCUCUCCUGACCUCGCCAGCCCAUGUGACUAUCAGUCCCCUGUUGACUCCAGGAACACUCUUGCGCUUCCAGUCAGGUCUCCUCGGCCCCGCAGCAUGGGGGAGAAUGAGUUUCCCCGAGUGGAACCGAACAGCAUGGAGGAUGCCCAGCGCCUGUGGAAUAAGGAACGGCAGAACAUGCACGAAACUCUGCGCCAGCAGAAGGAGCAGAUGAUGGAGGAUAAGAAGUGGCUGGAGAAGGAAGAGAAACUCCUGGACCCCAUGGGACCAGAGGAUUCUGUCACUACAAAGUUCUUUAAUGCAGACAAUGAGAAUGUACCACCUCCUGAGAAGCCCCCUCGACUCAAAGCGCAGGCUGCACCCACAGCUGAGAUAGACCGCUCUGAUGACAAAGUAUACCAGUUUGUUAUGGACUUGGUCAAAGUUGUUGUACAACUCAAGAAUGACAUUACUGAGCUGAAGCCAGAACAGUAUAUUCCUAUUGUCAAGUCUGUUGGAAUGGCCUUAAGAGAUCUGAUUCACAGUGUUGAUGACAUAUUGCCCACCUUGCAUGAGUCUGUAAGGACUGAGAUCGAAGGCACCCAGAAGCUGCUGAAUAAUGACAUGGCGGAGCUGAUCAGCAAAAUGAGGCUGGCCCAACAGAACGCUAUCACCUCUUUGAAGGAGGAGUGCAAGAAACAGAUGCUGGCUGCUGCACACACGCUGGCUAUGGACAGCAAGAACAUGUUGGAUGCUGUGGAUCAAGCAAGAGUCAGGGCUAAUUUAGCUAAACCAGCUGCCCCUUAGUACACUUCCUUUUUCAGAUUUCACAACAAGCUGAAAUCAGACUUUUGUCAGACAUCAGUGAUUUUGGUUGUGAUGAAAUUGAUAAAAAAUAAAAGCCUGCAGCGGCCACAGGUUUGUUUAGACAGCUGUCACCCUGUAAAUUAAUGUGAUUCUACAGCACAGCUGGGCAGAUAAUGGACAGCCCAGAGAAGAAGCAUACAUGUACACUGACAUUCAUGACUGAUCCUUUCAUAUCAUACUUAGAAUACUGUCAGUUCCAAUAAACUUUCUCAUUUACAAACGGUGAGUUAUUGAAAUGUUUCAUCUUCCCAGGAAGUUAAACUCUGUAAAUAUAGAUCAUAUAGUGACAGUUGAGACAUUGGGAUUAUUAUGCAAAUUAAAACAAAUAUUUCUCUUGGCAACAUUCUGAGUAGUGAAAUGUAAAGUUGCCCACACCUCAUUACACAAUGAUUAUUUUGAGUUUGAUUGACAUAAUUUAAGUUUUCAGUUAUUAAGUUUUUGAGUUAUGAAUUGUCAGACACACUCCUGUGACCGUUCAAGAAACAAAGCAAAAGUUUUUUUUAGCGUUUUGUGUUUUAUGAUUAUAAAAUUCUAAAAACAAUAAAGAUUAUGAGGCAUAAAGAAAGAGAUAUAAAAAACAAACGUAUGCACACUUCAUUAAAUCCCUUUCUUUGUUUUAUGUUUGCUCUUUUCUCAAAACUACAUAACAUAUUCCUUUCAGUCUCUUUACCCUUUCAGCAGACUAAGAACAGAUUAAAAGGCAUGAGGUGACAAUAGCUGGAUUUUGCAAUUUUAAGAGUUAUCGCUGUAGUUUUAUAAAUAAGUUUUGAGCCAAGGCCAAAGCAAGUAGAUGUCAGUGAUUCUGACAAAUGCUUCUGCUUUACAGCAUUUUGUCUUGAUAACUAUUAUAUUAAUACAACCCUACAGAAGAAGAUUAUUCCCCUGAAUAUGUCUUAGUUCGCCGAAAAGUUAAUAUUAUGCACAUUUCAGUUACAACCUUCUUUAAGGUUAAUACACUGUAAAUCUAAAUACAGAAUGCAAUAAUUUGAUAAUUAUUUCAACCUAAUAUUUACCUUAAAAUUAUUUUAAGACUUAAAACACUUCUGCUGUUGCAUUAUUUAGGUGUUGUUUUUAUUUAAUUCACCCUGCAGCUGCGUUGGAUAGUAAUGCAUUAAUCCUGCAUCAUCAUGAGAGUCAUUGUAUCAGAAAGGGAUUUCAGUGCUUCUGCAUUUUCAGGAAGUUUAGGUUACCCCAGGAAAUUUUUUUUCUCUACUCUGACUUGUCACAUAAAACUAGUCUAUUAUUGUUACUAAAAAUGUUGAUGACUAAGUUGGGAUGUAAUGUCUUGGUAAUGUGUCAUGCAUAAACAACACAUGUCCAGAGUA